CUAUGUACUCUAUGGUUUAUUAUUCAGCUCAGGAAAGUUAGCUUUCUAAAGAUUUUCUUCGAGAAAUACAUAAAGUAUCGGCAUCAUAAAUAUAUUUUAACAUUGGUUAAUGUUUAAAGGAUAAUUAGAAAUCUAGUGACUGUGAAAUAAAAGAACAAAUAGUUAUAGUGAGCUGCUGGAGAAGGGUAAUUAAUUUAGAAAGCAACAUGGAAGCGCUGACAGUUCCGCCAUGAAUGCAAAAUAAAUAGAAAUUGUGAAGAAGCUGGACGUCAGUCGGACAGGUCAGAAACUUCACGAUGUUGAGAGGUGGGCGUGGAGGCCGUCACAGUCCGGAGCUGUACCCCCACACGCUGAAGUGCUCCAACGCUAGUGACACAAGUUCUGCAUACAGUGGUAGUGACACCAUGACAUCAGUACAUAGCUCUCUCGACAUGGAUAUGGAGGUGGACCUUUCGGGACUCCUCGAAUCCAUUGUUGAUUCAGAUGAGGAGGAAGAUUUGGAAGAAAGUAUGGACAGUCUGACAGUCCGUGAUGCAGUUCGAGAAUGUCUUGAAAAAGAUCCUAGUGAGCGAACUGAUGAGGAUAUUGAAAUACUAUUGGAGUUUACACAGCAUUUGAAAGCAUUUACUAACAUGACUUUGACUGUGCGUCGGGCAUUAUGUGCAGUCAUGGUUUUUGCAGUGGUUGAAAAAGCUGGUACUGUGGUUAUGAAUGAUGGAGAAGAACAUGAUUCAUGGUCUGUCCUUAUAAAUGGUCAUGUUAGUAUUGAGCAUCAGAAUAAUGAAGUAGAACACUUGAAUGUUGGUGAUAGCUUUGGGAUGGCUGAAGCCACACUGGAGAAAUUGUAUCAUAAAGGGGUGAUGACAACAAAAUGUGAUGACUGUCAGUUUGUUUGUAUUACCCAGACUGAUUAUUAUCGGAUACUUCACCAAGGUGAAGAAAAUAUAAGAAGGCAUGAAAAUGAGAAUGGUGUGGUUGUACUGGUCACUGAAUAUAGGGGGGCAGCUGGAGAGUCGGGUCGACAACAAGGCCAUGUGGUUAUUCGAGGAACUCCAGAGCAAUUAAUGUUACAACUCAUUGAGGAUAACUCGCGUGACUCAACAUAUGUAGAAGACUUCCUCUUGACACACAGAACAUUUAUUGAAAGUCCUUUGGUUGUAGCAAAACAACUACUAGCUUGGUUCUCUGAACCCUCAGUCAGGGACAAGGUCACUCGUGUGGUGUUACUUUGGGUCAAUAAUCAUUUUACUGACUUUGAAACUGACUCUACUAUGAUGGAAUUUUUAGAGAACUUUGAAAUAGCUCUGGAGCGUGAAAAAAUGGAAAGUCAAUUGAGGCUGCUAAACAUUGCUUGUUCUGCGAAGGCUAGAACUCGAAGUGUCACAUUAUCUCGUCCUACAAGAGAUGAACCUUUGAACUUUUCUAUAUUGGGAGGAUAUGAAAGAGGUUAUGGAAUAUUUAUAUUUAAAGUGGAAAAACAUUCAAAAGCCGAGGAUGUUGGACUGAAGAGAGGAGAUCAGGUUUUAGAAGUAAAUGGUCAAUCUUUUCAGCAUGUCAGUCAUGCAAAAGCAAUGGAAAUAAUAACAGGAUCAACACAUUUAAGCAUCACAGUGAAAAGUAACUUACUAGCUUUUAAGCAAAUGUUGUUAAUGCCAGAGAAUUCUCCGAGGCAGAGAGGCUGCUCCAACAGGGUUCAUUGGCACACUGAUCCCAGAGCUAGGCUUUCAACUGCAGAGCUACUCAAUGAUGAUCCCAUUACUUUAACACCAGUGUUUCAAUCUCCCACCAAGAAACCCCAGCAGUUGAGCAUCAAAAAAGAACCUCAAAAGGGCUUCAUGACAUUGGGUCCUAAGAGAAAAUUACAGAAAGCUUUAAUGAAGAUGAAUCUUCUACCUAAAAAUACCAUCACUGAUGGUUUACCUACCGAUGACAGCAUUCUCUCAAACUCUGAAUCCUUAAACAAAGCCAAUACCAGUACUUCCUUUUAUAAUUCACAUAGUAAUCCUGACUUAAUAUCAAUAUGUUAUGAUGAAUACCAAUCAUCUGAUUAUCCAGAACAUGUGCUAAAAGUAUACAAAUCUGAUCAGACCUGCAAAUAUCUGCUGGUACAUAAAGAGACAACAGCUAGAGAAGUUGUGAUGUUGACAUUGCAGGAAUUUGGCAUCACUGAUCCGAGUUCUAACUUUUCACUGUGUGAAGUGUCUGUUGCCCAAGGUGGCAUCAUAAAACAACACCGCUUGCCAGACCAGUUACAAAAUCUUGCGGAAAGGAUUGGCCUCAGCUCAAGGUAUUACCUUAAGACCAAUGGAAUCACUGAGAAUUUAGUACCUGAUGAAAUGGCACCAGAACUUUUAAGAGAGAGUGUUGUCCAUUUUCUGCAGUUGAAUGCGGUAGAAGUUGCAGUUCAACUUACAUUACAGGAUUUUUGCAUCUUCCGACAAAUCGAAAGCACUGAAUAUGUUGAUGAUCUAUUUGAAUUGAAAAGUAGGUAUGGUACUCCUAUGCUGUCACAGUUUGCCGAACUUGUCAACAAAGAAAUGUUUUGGGUGGUCACAGAGGUAGUUAAUGAACAAACCCUUGCCAGGCGUCAAAAGAUCAUAAAACAGUUCAUUAAAGUUGCACGUCAUUGCAAGGAAUGCAAAAACUUUAACUCAAUGUUUGCUAUAAUUUCGGGAUUGGGUCAUGGUGCAGUAUCCAGAUUAAGAAUGACUUGGGAGAAGCUACCAACAAAGUAUUUGAAAUUAUUUACUGAUUUGCAAAUGCUCAUGGAUCCUUCAAGGAAUAUGUCUAAGUAUAGACAGCUGGUUACAACCGAGCAAGGAAGAUCGCCAGUUAUACCAUUUUAUCCUGUGGUUAAAAAAGAUCUUACCUUCAUUCAUCUAGGAAAUGACACGAAAGUUGAAGGUAUGGUCAAUUUUGAAAAGUUACGAAUGAUUGCUAAAGAGGUCAGAACACUUACUAAUAUGUGUAGUGCUCCUUACGACCUCCUUACCUUACUUGAAUUGGGAAAGCAGCCUCCUUCAAAUGCUAUGGUUGCUUUGAACCAACUUACCACAGGAGGAGUACAGCAAGGCCAAGUAACAGUAAAACGAAGGAAAAAGUCCUCCAAUGUUCCAAAUCCUAAGAAAAUGUUUGAAGAAGCACAAAUGGUUCGACGUGUAAAGGCAUAUCUUAAUAGAAUGCACGUUGAAACUGAUGAAGAACGCCUUCACUCACUUUCUCUGGAAUGUGAAGGAGCAGGGCCGGCUCCCGCCAUUCCACGAAGACGCCACCCAUCGCCAUCCUUAUCUACAACAAGUAGUGCAUCAUCCGCCAGUGAGAGUAAAAAGAGCUUUGCAGGAAAUAAGUUUGGAACUGCAUCUCCUCAGGCAGUGAGAAAACUGCUGGCUUUAUCAGAGCCGGCUAAAACAAGACCCCAUCAGCCUCGGCCACCGCCACCGGGACCUUCGCCUUGUUCGCAUAGACGCGACGGGCCUGGCCCAGGUAUUUGUUGCCCUCGUACAGCUCACGAGAGAUCACACUCAGACACGCCUACUCCUCUCCCAGUUGACUUGUCGGCGGAGAGUAGUAGUGUUACGUCAUUAGUUAACUUGCCACUACGAAAGACCGGCUCGGCUACGUCGAGCGACAGCGGGCACGGUUCGUGCACGGCGGCCAGCUGCGCGCGGCCCGUGCCGCCGCCGCGCAUGCCGCAGGCGCCCUACACGCUGGCGGCGCAAGUGGCGCGCCUGGAGCGGCUCAGUCGCGCGCAUUCCCAUGAGGGCGUCACGCGUCCUUAUGAUUACUAUCAUGACGCUCCUGAUGAUGACGAUGACGAUCAACAAGUAUCAGCUGUUUAAAUAUUUAAAUACUCUAACUCAAUGUCUAUUUAUAUAGUUCCCUGUUUUGUAAUCUCACAUGAUAAAUAGAAAGCACGAGUUAUGUGAAUUCGUUUUAAUAUAUUAUUAAAAUCAUGUAUGUACCCAUUACAACUAAGUCUAAAGACUGUAUAAUUAUGUUAAGAAAUGUGCUAGUGUUAUAUGAAAUUCCAUAUUAUAAGCUCCUAAUUAUUAAUUACAAUCAUUUGACCCACCAGUUUCCAGUUUUAUCUAGAGAUGUUUGAUGUAUACCAAUAAAUAGGUGUACUAUUUUAUAAUAAUGUUGGUAUAUUACAUUCCGUUAAUUGUAUAUUAUUAUAAUAAUAGUUUUCAUUAUUUAUAAUUGUGAAACUUAGACCAAAUAAUAAUUAAUGUACCUUUUAACAUUUAUAAUUGAGAAUAAUUUUGUUGUAGCAUGUAUUUUGUGGUAGCUUGUGGACCAAUAUGGGCUUGAAGGUGGUUUCUCAUGGUCGUAUCAAAUUCUGUUAAUAUCAUGAUUUUUAAUUAUUAUUAUAAUUGUAAAUAAUAAACAUAUUAUUAAUUA